AUGGAGAAGAACAAGUACAGCAUCAUAGUCCCAACCUAUAACGAACGCCUGAACAUUGCCCUCCUCGUCUACCUCAUCUUCAAGCAUCUCCGGGACGUUGACUUUGAGAUAAUCAUCGUUGACGAUGGAAGCCCUGAUGGUACUCAGCAGGUUGUUGAGCAAUUGCAGCAACUCUAUGGUGAAGAUCGGAUUCUGUUGAGAGCUAGAGCUAAGAAGCUUGGAUUAGGAACGGCUUACAUUCAUGGUUUGAAGCAUGCGUCUGGGAAUUUUGUUGUGAUCAUGGACGCGGAUUUAUCACACCAUCCGAAGUAUUUGCCAAGCUUCAUCAAGAAACAGUUGGAAACUGGUGCAAGUAUAGUUACUGGAACUCGUUAUGUCAAAGGUGGGGGUGUACAUGGGUGGAAUCUUAUGCGCAAAUUAACAAGUAGAGGAGCCAAUGUUCUGGCACAAACACUUCUAUGGCCUGGUGUAUCAGAUUUGACCGGAUCUUUUCGGCUUUACAGGAAAUCAGUGCUUGAAGAUAUCAUUAGUUCCUGUGUCAGCAAGGGCUACGUCUUUCAGAUGGAGAUGAUAGUUCGAGCUUCUAGAAAAGGCUACCAUAUCGAAGAGAUCCCGACAGAAAUUAAGAACCAUAACACGGGUACAAUAAGAGGUUCUCAUGCUCAUUAG